AUGAAAGUGGUGAAGAAUGUUCCCAAAUACCAAUCACUAAUCAAUCAAUGCCUUUCGUUUCUAAUCCUUAUGCAACUCCACAAACACCAAUCACCAAUCACCAAUCAAUCAAUCACUUCGGUUUCUAAUGCAACUCCACAAACACAAUGCUCUAACCAACCUAAUGAUAAUGUUGACUUGAAGGAUCUUCCAAAGGACCCGGCGGAUAGGCCAUUGAUUACAAGUUACAAACCAAAUAUAAGAGAUGAUGUAAGAAGAGCAUAUUUUCUUCAAGGACCGGACCUCAUGGGACAAAAAGGAGGGAGAGAUGCAUUUGUUUCUCAAGGUUUUGAUACUUGGAAUAAAAAAGAUGCAUUUCGGACUCAUGUGGGUGGUAUUGAUAGUUUUCACAACAAAGCAAAAGAAAAGUGUGAGUUUUUAAUGAAGGAAAAACAAGCUAUCAAUGUAGUGUUGAGGAUGCAAACCGAAGCAGAGGAUCAUAAAUAUAAAGCUCGAUUAUGUGUUUCUAUGAUUGUUGUUAGACUUUUAUUGAAAACCGGUUUACCGUUUCGUGGUCAUGACGAGUUGGUUAACUCGGAAAAUAGAGGGCUAUACAUUGAAGUAUUAAAAGCCAUUCGAGAGACUAGUGAAGAUAUUUUCAACAAUACUUUAGAAAAUGCUCGAAAAAACAAUCAACUAAUUUCCCCUAAAAUUCAAAAAGAACUUGUGCAAUGUUUUGCACAAGAAGUACUUUUGAGUAUUCGUGAAGAGAUUGGUCAAGAUGUUUUUGCUUUACUAGCUGAUGAAUCUAGUGAUGUUUCAAAAAAGGAACAAGUGGCUAUUGUUUUGCGUUAUGUCGAUACUCUUGGCUUUGUGAAAGAAAGAUUCAUAGGUCUAGUGCACGUGAAGGAUACAUCUUCUUUGACACUCAAAAACGCCAUAAAUGAAGUACUUACAAGUAAUAAGUUGAGUUUUAGUCAGAUAAGAGGACAAGGUUAUGAUGGGGCUAGCAAUAUGCGAGGGGAAUUCAAUGGUUUGAAAGCUUUGAUAUUACAAGAAAAUGACACGACUUUUUAUGUACAUUGCUUUGCACACCAACUUCAAUUAGUAGUUGUGGCUGUAGCAAAGAAGCAUGAUGUUAUUAGUGACUUUUUUGAGCAAAUUUCGUUGGUGGUUAAUGUAGUUUGUGCAUCGUGUAAAAGAAAAGACUUACUACGAGAGCAAGCAAGAGAAAGGGUGCAAAAAGGAUUGUGUAGUGGUGAACUUGAAACCGGAAGAGGGUUAAAUCAAGAGACUACACUUGUUCGAGCGGGAGAAACAAGAUGGGGUUCAUAUUUCAACACACUCACAAGUUUGAUGAAGUUAUUUGCAGAUGUUCUUGUAGUUUUAGAUUUUGUGAAAGAGGAGGGAGGGUCAUUGGCAAACCGUCAACAAGCAUCUGGAAUCUUAGCAUAUUUUAAAUCAUAUGAGUUCGUGUUUUACUUACAUAUGAUGUAUGACAUUUUACACCUCACGGGUACAUUGUCAAAGCAACUUCAAAGUAAAGAUCUAGACAUUUUAGAAGCGGCUUCGAUGGUUAGAGGGACAAUGGAGGCAUUGCAAUCUUUUAGAAACAUAGGGCUUGCUAGCAUUUUGCCAAAAGUAUCCUCUUUUUGUGAAACACACGAAGUUGAUACUUUGGAUAUGGAAGAGUUGUAUAUUGGUGCGAGAAACCGUAGGACUACAAAGACUAAUAGGAUUCAUUUUGAGGUUGAAAUCUUCAACACGGUGGUAGAUAUGCAACUUAUAGAAUAUCGGGAUCGAUUUAGUGAAACAAGCACCCAAUUAUUAGAAUACAUGGGUGCUUUGAGCCCUUGUGAUUCAUUUGCACAAUUUGACAAAUCAAAGUUAUUGAAGUUGGGUAAGUUAUACAAGUAUGACUUUGAUGAUUCAGAUAUGAUAGACCCUGAAGGCCAACUUGAGAUAUUUUAUCACUCUUGCAUCAAAGAUGAGCGCUUCGCUAGUUUGAAAGGAAUUUCCAACCUUUCUCGUUUGAUGGUUAGUACGGGGAAGCAUCGAUCUUAUCCUUUGGUUUAUAAGCUAUUAAAUUUGGCUUUGAUACUACCUGUAGCGACUGCAAGUGUAGAAACAUGUUUUUCAAAGAUGAAGCUCUUGAAGACCGACUUGCGUAACAAAAUUGGCGAUGAAUUUUUGAACGACGCAUUGCUGUGUAAUGUCGAGACCGAAGCACUUGCAGAAGUUGAGAAUGAAAAAGUAAUGGAGCGGUUUCAAAAGAUGUCUGCACGAAGAGGAAAAAUUUAA